UUAACCUCUACUGUGGCAAAUAACAGUCAAGAGGUGUUUCCAGAAGGCUCUGGAGGCUGGCUGUUUGACACUGACAGAAGAUUUACACAUGAACUGACAAGCUGACAUCACAUCAUCUUCAGCUCUCUUUAAACCUACAGUGAAUGGAUGAACUGCUUCUGUUACAUCAAACUGUCUGUCUGCCGUCUGCUGAAGUACUAUUGAUAUUCAGUAUUAUAUUGAUAGGGUAAAAGGGUGUUUAGAAGAGUUACUAGGGAAGUGUUUUGAAACUUCUGCUAAUAUUACAGUGUGAAUGAACUGCUAAGUUCAGCUCAUUUAAAACACCACAGAAGGCCAGAUCUUCAAUUCAUUCAUCACCUUUACAGGGCAAAACGUUUAACCAGGAAAAGAAUUGAAAAAGCAGUGUCAGACAUGAUCAUAAACAACAACAACAACACAAACCACACUGGCCUGCCGGAGGACUUCAGAAUUGCUCUUCUGGUCUUAUACACAUUCAUCUUUCUUUCUGGGACUCUUAAUGUUUUACUAAUAUCCUGUAUGCUACAGUCACAAAGACGUCUAUCUUUCACCAAAGUGUCUGUGAUAAACCUAAUAGCAGUGCACUCCAUUUUCCUUCUCACGGUGCCCUUUCGCAUUUACUAUUAUGCUUUUAAUGAAGCCUGGAUUCUGGGCAUGUAUUUCUGCAAAAUUGUCAGUCUUAUGGUCCAUGCUCACAUGUAUCUCGCAUUCAUCUUUUAUGCCUUUCUUCUUAUUGUGCGUUAUGUGGAGCAAUCUGAUACACAGCACAGGCUAGAGUUUCAUCGUAUCCUUCAUGCUACGAUCGCAAGUGCAAUCGUUUGGUUGGUCAUAUUUGGCUCUAUGUUCCCAGUAACUAUGGCUAAAUACGGAAUCGCACAGAAUGAUUCCACUCAGUGCUUUCAAUUCGGUCAGGCUCUCCAUAAGCCUGCUGUGAAGACGUUAAACUAUGUUAUUUGCAUUGUAGUGAUACUGGGUUGGAGUCUGCUGGCAUUGUUCCAAGUUUACUUCCUGCUAUAUGUGAGAAAGAGAUUUGGAAAGGCCAUGUGUCAACAUCAACAGUUCUGGGCACAAUUGAAAAACAUUGUAUUCCUGUCCAUUAUGUUUUUUUGUUUUGUGCCCUAUCAAGGAUUCAGAUUAUAUUAUGUGAGUGUAUAUGGCAAUACUGAAAAACUUUCUCAUAUAAAUGAAAUUUUUCUAGCUGUCACUGCUUUCAGUUGCUUUGAUAUGAUUAUUUUUGCUGGUAGAGAUAUAUGCAAACGUAUUAAUUCAAGGGGAUGGUGUUGCGGUUUAUAAGAACUAUGUUUACUUUAUCUAGUUUCUAUAUUGUUAUUGAUUUAGUGAAUUUACUUUCAUUUUAUUUUAUUUGUUUUUGAUGUGUUUAUGCCUUAUAACAGGGGUUCCCAUUCCCAACCUUUUUUGUGCCAGGGCAUAAAAUUGUCAUUUUUAAUUGGCUUUAUGCCCAGCUGCACUAC